AUUAUAUUUUCACAAUGCUGAAGCAAUUUUUCAGUAAACUUCCGAGAAAAUCAUUGAAAUUGGACUCGUCUGAGUUAAAUCGUUCAAACUCGGGCCCUCUUUCUACCAUCAACAGUAACACAACAACAACGGCAACAAGCGCUGGUUCUGGGACACACAAAUCUAACGGUGGAGAUAAAUCUUCUUCUGGGCGAUCGAAUGCUGCAAAGCGCACGUCCUCAGCAGUGUUUCCCGCCAGCGUGGUAGCUGGAAUCGAGCCGUUGAUUCCAUUUAAAGAUGUGCCCAAUGCAGAGAAGAUGAAUUUGUUUGUGAGUAAAGUGAGCCUUUGUUGUGUCACGUUUGAUUUCACUGACCCAACUAAGAAUUGUGUUGAAAAAGAUGUUAAAAAGCAGACUUUGAUUGAGCUUUUAGACUUUGUAGCUUCUGGGUCUAUGAGAUUUAGCGAGCCUGCAAUCUUGGCAAUGUGUAGAAUGUGUGCUGUUAAUUUGUUUAGGGUUUUCCCACCUAACUAUAGGUCAAGUUCUCAUCAAGGUGGUGGUGAAAAUGAUGAUGAUGAACCCAUGUUUGAUCCUGCGUGGCCACAUUUGCAAAUUGUGUAUGAUUUGUUGCUUAAGUUCAUUACAUCUUCGUGUCUUGAUACUAAAAUUGCGAAAAGAUAUGUAGACCAUUCCUUCAUUUUGAGACUGCUUGACUUAUUUGAUUCAGAUGAUCCGAGAGAAAGGGAGUGUUUAAAGACCAUUUUGCAUAGGGUUUAUGGGAAGUUUAUGGUUCACAGACCAUUUAUCCGAAAGUCUAUUAGUAAUAUCUUUUAUCGGUUUGUUUUUGAGACCGAGAAGCAUAAUGGGAUUGCGGAGUUGCUGGAGAUUUUUGGGAGUGUAAUUACUGGGUUUGCGUUGCCUUUGAAAGAGGAGCAUAAGAUAUUCUUGAGGAGGGUUUUGAUUCCUCUGCACAAGCCCAAGUCUCUGGGGUCUUACUUCCAGCAGCUGUCUUACUGUAUCAUGCAGUUUAUAGAGAAGGAGCCAAAGUUGUCAAGUGUUGUGAUAAAUGGGUUAUUGAAACACUGGCCGAUAACUAAUAGCCAGAAGGAGGUGAUGUUCCUUGGUGAGUUAGAAGAGAUCUUGGAAGCAAUUAACAUGGUGGAAUUUCAAAAGGUCAUGGUUCCCUUGUUCUGGCGGAUUGGGUGCUGCAUUAACAGUUUGCACUUUCAGGUGGCUGAAAGGGCCCUUUUUUUGUGGAACAACGAUCAAAUUGUCAACUUGAUUGCACAUAACCGGCAGGUGGUUCUGCCCGUCAUAUUUCCAGUUUUAGAGAAAAACACCCAAAACCAUUGGAACCCAGCAGUGCUGAACCUCACUCUGAAUGUCAGAAAGAUGUUCUCAGAGAUGGAUGACGUACUGUUCAUGUCUUGCCACUCUCAGUUUAGGGAAGAAGAAGCAAGGCUAAGCUUGGUAGCUGAGAAGCGGAAAGAAGCAUGGGAGCGACUAGAAAAUGCAGCCAGUCACCAGCCUAUAGCCGGAAAUACAGCUGUUCUGUUACACCUUUAACAACCUCGAUUGUCUGUUAACCUCCAUUUUAGAACUUGUAUUCUCUUCCUGGUCGAUAUGAUGGUGGGUUUGGAAACCAACGGAAAAGAAAUGUAUGGAAAUGGCUGUUGUUUGGGU